AUGUCCAACAACAACAUACUCAGUCAAAACAUUGCACAUAUAACAGUCAAAGGAACAACAGCAGCUAGUACAGGCAAGACAGUAUUUCUAAACUCAUUGCUCAACAGAGACAAUAUAUCAUCAUUUGAUCAAAUUGUGCACCAUCCACUUGCUACUUCAAAGUUGUACAUUUCAAAUCAACACAUCGAUACUUUACAUUUGAAUUUUUAUAUAAAAAGAGAAGGAAUAGAUAAUACAAAGAUUAAUGAAUUCUCAAAAGAAUCAAAAGUACAUAUUAUUGUGUAUGAUGUAACUAAUAGAGAAUCAUAUGAAGGUGCAAAGUUGAUUGGUCAAACUAAUUUAAGUGGUGCACCUAGUGGAUUUAAAGAACAUGAACCAAUUGCAUUGAUUGCUAUUGGUAUGAAAUGUGACCUUAAAGAUAAAAGGGUUGUAUCAAGACUUGAAGGAAGGGCAUUGACGACAUCGACUAUUGGAUAUCACUCACAAUUUGAUAUCUCUGAUCGCACAUGUCCACCAGCCACUCGAGAUGCCAUCUUUCACCUCAUCAUUAAACUAUUCAACAAAGAUCGUCUUCACACUAUCCACAACUACAACAAACUCAAUAUCAAUUGUAUAAAACGUCAUUCUUUAUCAACAAAUCCACCACCAUCCUAUUUAUCAACAUCAUUAUUUGGUGGUGCAUCAUCAUCAAUAACAACAUCAACAACAUUAUUUGGUGGUGAACUGUCAUCAACAACAUCAUCAUCGUUAUUUGAAGGAAUAGAGACAACAACAACAGAGGAUUCCUCAGAACUCUUUUCAACUACGACGUCGUCAAGUAGAGAAAUUACAACAAUCGGAGGAGAUGUACCUCUUCAAGAUAUCUCUCUUUUACCAUUAUUUAAAAGAGUAUUUGGAUACAAGAUAAUUGCCAAACAUAUCUUUAGGAUGGUUAGAAAGAUACAUAGAUGUUUGGGUUUGCGAUCGGCUAGGUUGAGGAUACCAGAUCCACAAGUAUGGUUUUCAAGUCCACAAUUGGCACCAAUGAUAAAGUAUAGGAUUAAACAUGGGUAUCCUCGUAUUGCAAUUAAAGAAAACUCAUUCGAGUUUCAAUCGUUCCUACAUACCAACAAUGACUUUGACUUGUUUAAGCAAUGUUAUCAAGAGGAUAUACAGAGAUUCACCAACAUGUCAUUCUCCGCCAACUCAUCCAUCAAGAAUCACAACUCGAUACUUAUCGACGCAUGUAUUGGUGGUAGUGUAGAGAUUGUAGACUUUCUAAUCGAACAAGAUUAUGAUGUCACCGAGCGAGAGUUUAUGUUGGCCGUUGCAUUUGGUCAUUUCAAUCUAGUCACCUAUAUGAUUGAUAACUGUAGAAUAUUAGAAUACAGUAAUCCAAAAGGUGUCAUCAAAGAUGCACUCAUCAUUGCUAGACACUAUCAACAUGAUAACUUGGUAUCUUACCUCGAGUCGAUACAUAUUGCUCCAGCACCACCCGAACAAACCAUCAUGCCAGAUAUCUACAUGAUAGCUUUAAAGGAUUCAAUUCAAAAAUUACCAUCUUCAUCUUCUGAUGUAACACUCGAGAUAAAAAGACAAAGACUUUAUAAAAAACAAAAGACAAAAGAACAAAAAGACAAAAAGAGGAUUUAUAAUUAUAAAUAG